AUGAUGCUCCUGAGGGACUACGUGGGAUACAUCUUCACCAAAGAUCUGAACAUCAUUCGAAGGGUUUCAGAAGUUUCUUUUCUCUAUGCGUUUCUGUACGGGGCUGACGCUGUAGCGGGUGUGACUGGAGGAGUUCUGAGAGGAGUCGGGGAGCAGAAGCUGGGAGCCGUGUGUAACUUGGUGGGAUACUAUCUUAUUGGUCUCCCAGUUGGUGUCAGCUUAAUGUUUGCUGCAAAGCUCGGUAUUUACGGACUUGGAAUCGGCAUCACGGUCUGUGUGGUUUUGCAGUGUCUCGCUUAUGGCGUCAUCAUCUGGAGAGUGGAUUGGCAAAAGGCGGCACAAAAAGCCCAAGAGAGAUCUGGAGUUCAGGUCAGAGAGGAGCCGACAGUGACCGAGGGAUCUGUGGAAACAACGGUGAUAGACCAAGUUGGAGAGGAGGACGGUGAGCCGGAAGGAUCUAAAGCAGAAGAUGCAGAGGUAGAUGAAGCUAAAGAGACAUCGGACGGAUCUGGAGAGGUACGGGCCAAUGGAUCUAAAGUGGAAGACUCGUUUGCUGAUGGAUCUAAAGGGGAGGAAGCAUUGGCCAAUCAGUCUAAAGAGGAAGAGGCCAAUGGAUCUCGAGUGGAAGAGCGAACGGCAGAACAAACUCAAGAUUCUAACCAGUUGGAUGAAGCUGAAGUCGAGGUGGUUCCUGGAUCUGACCUUCCCUCAAAACAGCUGCUCAUUCGCCGUGGACUGGCUUUGUUCAUCCUGGUGGUCAUUCUGUGUGCUGCCAUCGUCGCCGAACCUCAUCUCCUGAAACUUGUGAAAUGA